UUAACGACUUAUUUAUUUAUGGCUACCGUUUACUGAGAGGUUGAAGAUAUUUUGAAUAAACCCGGGGAACAAAAGCUCCGGUUCGAACCCUCCCAAUUCUCCAAAAAUGGCAGCAAUUUUUUCAUUUUCUUCUAACAUUUCCCAUCUCAAUUGCCAGAACUAUUUAUUGAUUCAACAACCAACAAAUCCUCGCCGGAGUUUAUUAAGAACUCGCUGCGCCGGUGAAAAUCCACCAAGCAAUUCGGCAACCGAGCCUGAAAAUGCUUUGCUUAAGGUAGCUUGGAAUGCCUCCGAGCUUUUGGGAAUCGCCACAUCAUUCUUCCGAUCGCCGAACAACGCCGAAGCUGGUGAGGUGGCUCUUGAGCUCGCCAGAGAUGCGUCGGGAUUGGUCGACCGGGCUGCGAUUGUGAAAACCAUUAAAGAAGACUUCGAAAGAUCAUACUUCGUCACAGGUAACCUUACACUUGAUGCUUAUGAAGAUGACUGUGAAUUUGCCGACCCUGCAAGCUCCUUCAAGGGGCUUCGUCGUUUCAAAAGGAACUGUACGAAUUUCGGGUCCCUUCUUGAGAGGUCGAAUAUGAAGCUUAUGAAGUGGGAGGACUUUGAGGAUAAGGGAAUUGGUCACUGGAGAUUUAGUUGUGUGCUAUCCUUUCCAUGGAAGCCCAUUCUUUCUGCAAGCGGUUACACAGAGUAUUUUUUUGAUCCACAGUCUGGAAAAGUAUGCAGGCAUGUUGAGCAUUGGAAUGUUCCCAAAAUGGUAUUGCUGAAGCAAAUAUUUAGACCUAGCAGGAGGUUGAGAUAGAGAGAAAUAGAGAUUUAUGUCCAUAUCAAGAAUCUUGUACAUAAUAAAUAUUAUGCAUUUUUGAGUUGGGCAACUCAAGUCUCUCUGUCCAGUUUUGGUGUCUUUACUUUUCUGUUUAUGGUCACCCAUUUGUGAUAUAUGUCGUUGUUAUAUACAUGUUUUUAGAUCGGACGCUCGUCAUAGUUUGGUAGUUGGCUUGAAAAACUGAGACAACAAGAAGUGAUUUAUUGGCUUAAAAUUACAUGUGAAGCACUUUUUAGAGUAUUGUAAUGGGGAAGUGUAUGGUUAAGAUAAUAGAAUAGGUGAGUGUAUAGUAAGGUGCAUGAGGUUUCAUUUUAAAACUAAUUAGCAAUGAGAAGAGUAGCUAAUGCAUAUGUUUAGUUUUAACACAUUAUCAAUAUGGAACUCUCUAACAUAGAUAAGUGUUUGCAA